AACAUCGAAAUUUUCGAUGUAAAACGCUGACGUCGUCUCUCUUUGGGCAAACAUUUGUUCUGGACCCGAAAAUCUAAAAAUUUAAUUAAAAUAAUUGUUAUACAUAUUCAUAAAUUUUGAACGAAAUAGUGCAAAGUGAACAUCAAUCAAGAAUGUUUUCCGUACCAUACAUCACGGAGCUGUCGAGUUUGCUACCUUUGGUGGAACUUCCCAGCCAUCCGCUUGCGAAACUGAAAGUAGAACGAAUUUUCCUGCGAAUGCUCAACCGCAAGAAUCCGCAGAUCGUGGCUCCUUGUCCUGCGCCCUGGAUCAUAUUCGUCAUCAACGAAAUGUGCUCCAUCGGCACCCUGGAGUUGAUCGAAGUGGAGCUCGCACUAAAAUACGAUAUCGGACUCGGUUCCGGUGGUUUGCCCCUGGAUGUAUACCGUCGACCCGUUUCGUCGGAAGUCGCCUAUCGGGAAGAUGAAUUAACUUUCUCGGUAUCGGACUCGUCCGAUGUGGAAAUUUUGCCCGUACACGAAAGAACGGUAAUCGAUUUGACCGGCUGGCCCGGAGAAGAAACGUUACAACAAUCGCAACGAAAGCGUAAGAUGAAACGUCUCACCAAGGCCCAGAAACGGCAGAGACGGGAAGAGCGGGAAGAUGAGACAUCGACAGAUGAUGACGACGACGAUCAACCGGAGUUUUGGAUCGAUUUGAUGGAAACGGACGAUAAUGAGAAUUUUGAUGCUGGCACAUGGCAAGAAAAUGAUUCUAAACCGUCGUCUCCCGUCCCGGAUUACUGGAUACUAUCCGAUAGCGACCCACCAGCUGCCAACCUACGUGUUGGUAUAUUCUGCCCCCGUCCGUUCCGUGCUCGUUUGAUGAACGCCAUCAUGACCGCGAUGGACAACAUACCGAUGGAAAAGCCACAUCCUCAAUUCAAGCGAAACGGAUUCCAUCUGGACACUCUUUGGUUCCUGGGUGCAAACGAAUACUCAGCGUCGUGGAUGAUUUCGACCGUGGAAAAGCUUUCGAAAACGAAGCUCUGGCGUCAGGUUCAAAUUCUCGUCGAACCAUGGAGCAGCAAGUUCAUGGUGAAAAAUGUACUGCAGCUGGUCUUGCCAUGGAAAUAUUACCCGGGAAACAAGAAAGGUAAAGUGAUUCAAAGAUUACGAAAAGCCAACUUGAUGCAUGGAUCGCACCUCUGGAAUCUGAUUGGGUGCAAAUCGUCCAAAAUGAAAAUACAGGUCACACUGGCUGUUAAUGAAGAAACGAUGGAAUCGUUAAAGCGUACCCAGUUUUAUGUGUUCUACGGAUUCAGCCAGUAUCGCUGCGAAGUUAUUCAAACCUCGUUGCAUUGAAUCGGUGCAAGAUGUUACGUCCUUGUGAGUUAUCUCCGUAUCAAAGUAGAUUAAAACUUCUGUCAGAACAUAUGUAUGAAAAUGAAUUUUAAGGCUACCAAGAAGUAAAGUUUAACCUGACGACUUAGGUUUCGAUGGUUAUUACAGAGUAAAAGAUUCAAAUGAUAUUAUUUAAUUGGUUCUUCAUAAAUAAUGAUGUCAGAAUACGCGAAAAA